AUGGUGAAGGACAAGUCGAAGCCCAAGAGGGCUCUGUCUCCCUACGCCGUUUUCGUUCAAUCAAUGCGUGACGAAUACAAAAAGAAGAAUCCUUCAGCUUCGAUUGACUUUUCCGCGUUUUCCAAGGAAUGUUCUGCCAAAUGGAAGGCUCUCUCAGCUAAGGAAAGGAAAAAGUACGAGGAUAUCGCGGCAAAAGACAAGGAGCGGUAUCAAAAGGCUAUGAAGAAUUACACACCGCCCUCAAAUGAUGAUAAAAAGAAGAAGAAAAAGGAUCCUAAUGCUCCGAAAAAGCCGAUGUCUGCUUUCUUUCUCUUCUGUCAGGAUGAGCGUCCUAAAGUUCGAGAGGCACAUCCAGAUUGGUCUGUCGGUCAGUGCGCUAAAGAACUCGCUUCUCGAUGGGAACAAUGCAAGAAUAGGUCAAAAUACGAUACUCAGGCUUCUCAAGAGAAGGCGAAGUACCAAAAAGCAAUGGAGAAAUACAACGCGAAGAAGGGAGACGACAACUCGUAA